UAAAAACAAUAGAUGUCAUUAUAUUUAAUUAAUCCGAUAGAAAAAUCAUCAGAAAAUAAUAAUGCACAACAUAAUUUAUUGGAACAAUUUAACUUGUUUAAAACAUUAAAUGAAUUUAAUUCAAAACAUUUAUCAUCAACUUAUAAAUCAUAUGUGAAAAAUUUACCAGGCGAUAAUUAUAUAAAAAGAGAAAAAUCAAAACAUAGCAGUGGUAACCCUCAACAACCACAAGAUCCAACAAACCAGCAACAGCAACAACCACAGCAACCACAACAGACAUCACCACAGCAACAAGAACAAAAGCCCCCUACUGGUGGAUUAACUAAAUUGGUAGAGGGUAAUAUUAAUACAGAUGAUUUUCAACAAGAGUUAAUUUUAUUAUCAUUGGAUGAUAGUCAGUUAAGAUCGGCUUUUACAUUACAAGAUGGUGGCUAUCAAAGACCAGAUAAGAAAAGAGAUAAAAAACAUAGAGACAGAGACAGAGACAGAGAUAGAGAUAGAGACAGAGAAAGGGACAGAGAUAGAGAUAGAGAUAGAGACAGGGACAGAGACAGAGAAAAAAAGAAAAGAAAGCAUAGAGAAGGCGACCCUAAUCUUGUUGAUGGUGAUAAAAAGAAAAAAUCAAAAAAAGAUCGUUCAUCAGAUCAACAGCAUAUAACUGUCGAGCAUUAA